AUGGCCAGAUCCACAAUCGCCCUUGGAAUGGAGGGAAGCGCAAACAAGAUCGGCAUCGGUAUCAUGGAGCAUGCUCCUUCUGGCGAGGCCCGAGUCCUCGCCAACGUCCGGAGAACCUACAUCACCCCGCCAGGCCAAGGCUUUCUUCCCAAAGACACGGCCGCUCACCACCAGGAGCAUGUCAUUCAGCUCGUGCGGGCUGCUCUGUCCGAAGCGGGCAUCAAGCCAACGCAGGUGGACUGCAUCUGCUUUACCAAAGGCCCUGGUAUGGGCGCCCCGCUGACCUCGGUGGCCGUCGUUGCAAGAACGCUAUCGUUGCUCUGGAAUAAGCCGCUGGUGGGCGUCAACCACUGUAUUGGACACAUCGAAAUGGGCCGCAUGAUCACCUCGGCACAGAACCCUGUCAUAUUGUAUGUCAGCGGCGGCAACACCCAGGUGAUUGCCUACUCAGAACGAAGAUACCACAUCUUUGGUGAAACGAUCGACAUUGCCGUGGGCAACUGCCUCGACCGGUUUGCACGCAUCGUCAACCUGCCCAACGACCCAAGUCCCGGCUACAACAUCGAGCAGGCUGCAAAGAGAGGAAGCCAGUACAUUGAGCUUCCGUAUGCCGUCAAGGGCAUGGACGUCUCGUUCUCGGGCAUCCUGGCGUACAUCGAAACUAUUGCCAACGAGCAACUUUCGGCCGGCACAUGCACCGUUGAGGAUCUGUGUUUCUCGCUGCAGGAGACACUCUUUGCCAUGCUCGUCGAGACAACCGAGCGGGCCAUGGCGCAUGUUGGAUCCACCGAGGUUAUGAUCGUCGGAGGCGUUGGAUGCAACGAGCGCCUCCAAGAAAUGAUGGGCAAGAUGGUCAAGCAGCGGGGCGGACAUCUCUUCGCUACCGACGAAAGAUUCUGCAUCGAUAAUGGGCUCAUGAUUGCGCAGGCCGGGCUCCUCAUGUUCAAGACGGGCCAUGUGACCCCGCUGGAAGAGACUUGGUGCACGCAAAGGUUCCGGACCGACGAAGUUCUAGUGACGUGGCGAGACUGA